UUCAGCCUGUUUAUCAAGAGGUAUGGAGUUUGACACGCAGAAGUACUCUCUGCGCACGCGCACCAGCACGUCUCCUCCUUCUACCUGAGCGCAGCGCACCUUGAUCCAACGAGACGGAAGUUUUGUGACUUUCAGAAAACAGAGCAGACCUUUUUUUGUGUGUGUGUCUCCGCGGAAAGUUCGUUUGGAGUUCAAGCAACGAACAGAGGAUCCCCGGUCAAAGCAGGAUGCCAUGCGUUGGAUUUUAUGAGAACAAUUUAAAGGGCUUUUCCAACUUUAAUCUGUUGUUCAGCGACUCAUGCUGAAGUUCAGUCCAAAGUCGGCGUGCUCUCCAUUCAAGCAGAAUGACAGCUCUCCGCAGAGUACUUCGAAGGCGAUUGCACCCACUUAAGCUGGUGAUAGUGGCCCUUGUCUUUGUCACAUUUGUGUUCCUCAUACAAUGGGAAGUGGGGAGCCAGAGCCAGCAGGAGGACCCCUGGCUGAAGGAGAUGGCAGUGAAGCGGGAUGCCAUGCUGGGCAUGGUGAUUGGAGCUGUCAAUAACUUCAGGGAUGCAAUGCCAAAGAUGCAGAUCAGAGCCCCUGUACGUCAGCAGGACAAAGCAGACAGCACGUCCUGUCUGCCAGGUCACUACACUGCCGCUGAGCUCAGGCCAGCUCUGGAGCGGCCACCUCAGAGUCCUCUUGCUCCUGGAGCUGCUGGGAAACCUUUCCAUACAGACUCACUGAGCCCUGAAGAGCAGAAGGAGAAGGAGAGGGGUGAAGAGAAACACUGCUUUAACUUGUAUGCCAGUGACCGCAUCUCCCUGAGCAGAGACCUGGGUGCAGACACGAGACCACCAGAAUGUAUUGAGCAAACCUUCAAGAGAUGCCCCCCCUUGCCGACCACCAGUGUUAUAAUUGUGUUUCACAAUGAGGCUUGGAGCACUCUGCUAAGGACAGUAUACAGUGUCCUCCACACCUCCCCUGCCAUUCUGCUCAAGGAGAUCAUCCUGGUGGACGACGCCAGCGUGGAUGAUGUGCUGAAGGACGAGCUGGAUGAGUAUUUGAAGCAGCUGAGCAUUGUGCGCGUUGUCCGACAGCGCGAGAGGAAAGGACUCAUCACUGCUCGGCUGCUGGGUGCCUCCGUGGCUACCGGUGACACGCUCACCUUUCUGGACGCCCACUGUGAAUGCUUCAACGGAUGGUUGGAGCCUCUGCUGGCAAGGAUAGCAGAGAACUACACUGCAGUAGUCAGUCCUGAUAUAACCACUAUUGAUCUCAAUACCUUUGAGUUCAUGAAACCAUCCCCAUAUGGCCAGAACCACAACCGGGGAAACUUUGACUGGGGCCUGGCUUUUGGCUGGGAGAGCCUCCCAGAUCAUGAGAGACAAAGGAGGAAGGAUGAAACAUACCCUAUCAAGACUCCCACAUUUGCUGGUGGGCUCUUCUCCAUCUCAAAAGAAUAUUUCUACCAUAUUGGAAGCUACGAUGAAGAAAUGGAAAUCUGGGGUGGGGAGAAUAUUGAAAUGUCAUUUAGGGUGUGGCAGUGCGGAGGACAGCUGGAAAUCAUCCCUUGCUCCAUUGUUGGUCAUGUUUUCCGCACCAAGAGCCCACACACCUUCCCCAAGGGUACACAAGUGAUUGCUCGCAACCAGGUACGGCUGGCCGAGGUGUGGAUGGACGACUACAAGGAGAUCUUCUACCGUCGUAACCAGCAAGCGGCGCAGAUGGCAAAAGACAGGACAUUUGGAGAUAUCUCCAAACGCGUGGACCUCCGGGCGCGGCUGCAGUGCAACAGUUUCUCCUGGUAUUUGAAGAACGUUUAUCCAGAAGUCUUCAUGCCUGAUCUCAACCCACUUCGCUUUGGCUCUGUGAAAAAUGUGGGCAAAGGCUCAUGUCUGGAUGCGGGAGAGAACAAUGAGGGUGGGAAACAGCUGAUCAUGUACCCAUGUCAUGGACUGGGAGGAAACCAGUAUUUUGAGUACUCCACACAUCACGAGAUUAGACACAACAUUCAGAAGGAGCUGUGUUUGCACGGGGCAGAGGGGGCUGCGAAGCUGGAGGACUGCCAGUAUAAAGGCAGGAACACAUUUGUAGGAGCAGAGCAAAAAUGGGAACUGAAGGAUAACCAGUUAUUCUACGUCCCAGGGCUGAAAAUGUGUCUGAGUGCCCGUCUUGAGCAUCCCUCUCUCGCUGUCUGCAACCCCUCAGACAGAUACCAGCUCUGGUCCUUUGUCUGAGUGUACAAACUACCACUUAAAUAGCUACUCUGUAUGCAUACGCGUACUAGGACAAUGGGUAUACUAUACUGUAUGCAGUUAAUAUGCAAGUUUUUUUUUGUUUUUUUUUUAGAUCGAUGACAUUGAGUUUUAAUUUAUUUUUAUACAUAGAGGAACUGAACUGUUGCUGCUGGAGAGUUUGGACUUUGGGAGAAAUACAGUGUGGCACUGCUGGAAGGAAGCAUUGAAACAAUGCCCCCAAUCAGACUGUGAACUGAGAUUUGUGGAGCAAUGAAGAUGCACUGUGUUGAUAAGUGCCUCUUUUGUGUUUGAGAUGUUUUCAUUACAACCAACACAUCCAGUAUUGGGUAUAUAAAGCUAACACUGAAUAUUUUCUGCAGAGACUUGUACUUGAAUCUAAAACAAAAAUAUGCAAAAAGCACAGUGGAUCAUACAUUAUGAACAAGAGGUUCAAGUUGAAGACACAAAAAAUCCCAAAUGUUAUGCACCAAAGAGAAUGAAAGUGAGAAUUUGAAACACACAAGAAUGGUGAGCAUUGUCCCUUUUUAAAAUGUUUUUCUUUUUCUUUUUUUUUUUUAAUGCAAAACCUGUUAUUUGGUACCGUCCACUGCGUUGGAUAUAAUUUUAUUUUGGGUGGGGAGAAUGGUUGGGGGAUGGUGAUGGAAUGGGUGGUGGUAUGUUGGAGUUGUAGCAAUUUUAUGUUACAGAAUAUCGGCCUCUGCGGUGUUGUGAUCACAAGGGUCUUCAGAUCAGGGUCGAAGUUCAUAUAUUUGAUUCCAUUAUUUUCCUGAGGUAAAUUUUUUUAGCCUUUAACUCUUAAGACCAGAAAAGUUACAUUACUGCAAAAAUGCAUCUGUAUUUUGAUGCUUCAUUAACUGCAUGAGCAUCAUGAGAGAAUUUUUUUUUUUUUUUUUUUUUUUUUUUUUUUUUUAAUGAAUCUUUCUACAAAUCUCUUAAUUGUGGCAGUGUUUGCCUGUAUUAUUUAAAUUUUUAUGCUUUGGUGUUUUAAAAAGGGAACUUUCAAUGUAAAUGAAUGCACCCAAUGAACUCUGUUUGCUGAUGAAACGCCUGAAACUCUCCCUCUACAUGGAAGCAGGAGUCCACAAAUGAAUUUCUGGUGCAGGCACUAGUGUUUAGAUGGCUCUGGAAUAUUGUGUAUUGCUUUAUGUUUGUGACUGGCCGAUGAACAGAUCAAAUUUGAGUGUUCUCCUUAUCUGGGAACUGUUUGGUGAUGUCAGAGUGCCUUGGUAUUAAGAUGUGUUAUUUUGAGCUCAAUAAAUUCAGUUGGGUAGU